UGUGUUUUUAUAUAUUUUCUCUAUGACAUAAAUUUUUGAAUAUCUUCUGUACACCACGAACUGCACUAGAAAAGUUUUAUUUGCCAAAACUAGUUUUCGAUAGUACGCAGUCUGUCAUGUAUGUUACUGCUGUCACAUUGUGUACUUCGUUAUUGGGCAAUUUCAGAUCCUAUCGUGUUAACUAACAAGCAUGUCAUUGCUACAGAAGUACAUAAUGUAAGUAGAUUACUGCUACUGCAUGUACAUCUAUAUACUUGUGGAAAUUUGUGUACAAACAUUUGUUUAUUUCUCAGUAUCAGAUGUCACAGACGAUAAAGGUAUAGAACGAAAAAUCGGUUUUGGCAAAUGAAGCAUUUCUAAUACAGCCCAUGGUGUACAGGUGUUCAUGUCUGAAAACUGCGGAACACCAAGUAUUCAUGAUUUUUAAAUUUUUCGGCUGUAUUUUACUCUUUUUUUCACUUGUCAGUAUACUAUACAACUUUUAUCACUGAACUUUUGUUACACAUUUUGCUUUGGCCACUGCUAGUUUCCUAAUUUUGAUACCGUAUCACGGACGUUACUCAUUAUCUGUCACAGUUUGGUGCUGGGCUAGAUGAAGCGUUGGAUUUUAGUUCUAUGUAGCGUCAAAUGUUACAGGCCACAGUGAGACUGUGACAACACGUGAACACGUCCAGUUCCGCUUAUGUUCGCUUUUGUUUAGUGCGAGUUGACGUAUGGACGUCAUUUUGCCGUGAUACGUCGAACACAAACGACGUAAAUGGUUACUUUACGUUUUUGAAUUGGCUUCUUAUGAUGAAGUCAAUAAGUACAAUAUCAUCUCAAAAGAUUGAUCAUUAUUGCUAUAUUCAACAUAGUACUCCGUACUUCUGUUCGCAAAAUACUGAUAGAUUCGGAACACUUCAAUUUCAAGAUUAUCUCUGCUUUUAAUGUACUGUACCCAACGCCACCUAACCCGAGCAGUGUUGAACCUCCGACGCUACUUUCGGUUUGUACGUAUAGGUGGCAUCGUUAGAGCAACUAGUGCCUACUGCCUGUAGAUGUCUCUGGUAGCAUCGGCAGUAGCUUGUGUGGACGCGUGGGAAGAGGUUCUACAGGUGGUCGCAAGUGACUGGGUUUGGUGCUUGCAAUAGGAGCGUGCUGAGGUUGAAAAGAUUCUGGAAACAAUUUGGAACACUCAGAAGUUAUUAUGACCAGGGCAACAAUGCUAACAGUCUGGUUUCGAAUGAUGAAGUCUACUGCAGGAUUCUUACUUAUGAUGGCAGCAGAAGCCCUUUCAAGUCCACAUGGUUUAGCUCAUCCUGGUUGUGAAGAAGACCAUGAAUGCUCAGAAAAUAUGUUCUGCUAUAAAAUGAGAAGUUGUGUUGAUUGUUAUAACUGUGCAUUAUACUACAGGAAACCAAAUGCAAAGAAGAUAUGUGCAAGGGAACCUAGUGAAUGUGGAGAGUGCGUUGAUGGCUAUGAAGCAGAGAUUCUAACAAAUGGCAAUGAGAGGGAUUACUGCAGGAUUAUGGAAAAGCCUGCUCCUGUACUGAUACCUGGUACUGCACCAUCAGUGAAUUAUACAACAAUGCUUAUCAUAGGUGGUGUUAUUGUUACAAUUGUGGUGAUAGUUGCUGGUUAUCUCAUACAUAGAUGGAGGAAAAUGAGGUACAGAGGUGCUGAUCAAGCAGUUCAAAACAUGCAAGAAACACUCAAUGCUGGGUCUGGAAAUGGCAUGUCACCACUGUUGGGAAAUACAAAUGGACGGAAGCCUUCUCUUGGAGAGCAGAUACCAUGCAACAGACCAUCUGCACCACCACAACCUCCUCCAUAUGAAAACACUCUGCCACCUCUUCGAGAUGAGGCUACAUUUGUUGUGGAACGAACGGUUAAAUGUAAAGAGGCCGUGUGCUUCAGAGAACCCGGUUUACAAAUAUCAAGUUUCCCUGACGAGGGACAAGAUGACCAAUCCACAGAUGGCUCUGAUACUGAUGCUAUUUUUCAUCCUGAUAUUAAUAUUGAGAGUGGGUAUCCAUCAGCAUUUCAUGAUGAUGACACUUUACCAGCGUCAGCAGAUGGAACUGACGAGAUAGUUGAACAGUCGGAGACGAAUUUGCAACCAAAUGCAGAGGCUCCGUCCUUCCUUGGAGUUUUGAUGAAUGUUGGAGUUAACAACAGUGGUGGUAGUGAAGCAUGUGAUCUGAAUGAUUCAGGGCUGUCACAAGCUUCAAGCAAUGUUUCAGUUAGUUCCUUAUCAGCUGAAGAAGAAGAAGAGCUAAAAUUUGAUACUCCUAAUAGAUCUGAAACACACCAUGCAGAUGGCUGUAGACAAGAACACCAUGCUAUGAAGAGGAGUGGGUGGCAACGAGAAGAAAUAACAACGUUAGAUGCAGCAGAUGUCACCUUGAAUGGUGCAUUGCUCCGCAUUGCAGUUCCUAACAGUGACACUGAAGCACAACGAGCUGGUGACUCAAGUGUAUCACAGGCUUCAAGUAGUGCAUCAAUUAGUUCAAAUACUGCUGUUCCACAUAGUUCCUCUGAUGGACCUCUAGUCAAGAGGCGAAAAUUUGACUCGGGGAAUUCAAGUACAGCUGAAGAUCUUCAGGAAGAUGAAGAGACAUGCAGAUCACAGGAGAGUCCCAGAAUUAAUGUUCAAGCAGUCACUGUUUUGAAUGUACAAAAUGUGGUAAAUUAUAAUAUUCAAAAUACUUCUAAUACUCCUUGAAGUGGAAAACUUCUAAUAAAUCAUUUGUGAUAUUUUUUGUACAUUUGACUGAAUUACACUUCUGUUUUAUUAUUCUUUAAUGUUUCCUUUAUUUUAAGUAAGCGUGUUAGUGACCUUGAGAUGUUAUGUAUUUUAAAUUAUUUUGCAAGCAUAUUGGCUUUGAAAAGUAAUUCCAUCUAAAGAUGCAUCCUAAUUUUUCUAGUUCUGGACACAGUAGUAGCAUCAAAAAGAUUAUUUGAUGAAUUUGGCCUAUUCACUGAAUAGUUGUCAUAAUUAUUUAUAGAAACUAUGAUUUACAGCAGUGAGAGUGUCAAAAUUAAGACAAAGUGCUACUCAUAAAUUAAUUACUGGGCAUUAAAACUAAAAGGCUCAAGUUAGCAUACAGAAAUGUUGAGUUGACUAAUCAUUGAUACAAAAAUUAUUUUAAAUGAGUUAAUUGAUCAACUGCUUGCAUGAAUUGAUGUAAUGUUGGCUCUUAAUUUUUUGCCAGUACUCUCUCUCUCUUUUGAUAUUUGGUGACAAAGGUGUUACGAAAGACUGCUAAAUAAUUGUUAGGUGCAGGAUGUACUUCUCAGUACCCAAAAGUUCUUCCCAAACUAGUAGAUAUUUAUCUUUGUACAUUACUAUUAUGAGGUAAUUUUUUAAAGUUAGUGCAAUAUGUUUUGUCUUAUUUUCUACUGUAAAAUUAUAAACAGACAGAAUGAUUGGGCAGUAGAAACAUUCAGGAAGCAAUUGUGAAGUACCAUUGACUGACACAUUUUAAAGUAGAAAAUCUUUCAUCUCACCCAAUCUUGCAGCAGGUGGGUCCUUAUCAUUUGGUCAUAGUGAUGUGCUUCUCCUUUCCAUAUUUCCACAAUCUAUUCCUCUUGCCACCCAGAAGAAGGAACUAACAAUUACAAAAACUAAGUACAGUUCUUCAAUGUCUAAAUGUAUCUCUCAACAGUACUUGGAAUUUAGCUUUCUGAAGGUAUUUAUUAUCUAAUCAUUCUGUCUUCCUGUAAUUUUGCAAUUAUCUCAAGUGAAUUUUUGUUUUGUUAUUUAUUACUGUAACAUACUGAUGGGAAGGAGCGAGCUUUAUUUUGUGUGCAUA